GGCGGGUCCUGGGCUGUGUGUGGCAGUGCCGUACCCGAGAGGCCUGGGGUCAGCAUGGGCUGGGUGUGUCCCUUCCUGAUGGGUGCGGCUGUACCUGGAUGUUCUGGCCCCCCUGGGCUUAGCACGGACUCGGAUUUGGGGUGCUUCCUGACACUUGUACCUUUGAAAAUCCAUCGUGACAGCGGGCGCAUGGUUUCGUUGUUUGCAUGAGUUCAGCAGCCCACUAUUUAAAUUCAUGAUUGUAGAAGAGACAUGGACUCCAUAGACAUGAAGGGAAAGAAACAGUGACAUUUGAUAAAUGGAAGCCAUGAAGAUAUCAAAGCCAUUCUAUGGCUUGGGGAUUUUUGCAUGUGUAGCUAUUUAUGUAGUUUAUAUAAAAUGGCAUUUGGACUCCAAACCAGUCUCCAGUGUAACAGAUGGUACUACUGACAGUAGGAGAGAAAAACUAGACCAUGAGAAAUUGACAACUGAUCACACAGAGUUUUAUGGAAUUAUGUUUGAUGCUGGAAGCACUGGAACUAGAAUACAUAUUUUUAAAUUUACACAGAAAUCAAAAGAGACUCCCAAGCUAACCCACGAAACAUUUAAAGCGCUGAAGCCAGGACUCUCUGCUUAUGCUGAUGAUGUUGAUAAGAGUGCUCAGGGGAUACAAGAACUUCUAGAGGUUGCAAAGAAUGAAGUUCCUGUGGAAUUGUGGACGUUUACUCCUUUGGUCCUUAAAGCAACAGCUGGUUUACGGCUGCUGCCUGGAGAAAAAGCUAAAAAGUUGCUGAAUAAGGUAAGAGACCUUUUCCAGGAGUCUCCGUUCUUCGUAAGGGACGACUGUGUCUCUGUAAUGAAUGGGACAGAUGAAGGAAUUUCAGCCUGGAUCACGAUCAACUUUUUAACAGGUAGCUUAAGCACUCCGAGAAAACGAAGUGUAGGAAUGCUGGAUUUAGGCGGUGGAUCAACACAAAUGACGUUUCUUCCCAUCUCUGAGACAACGCUCCAGAAAUCACCCGCUGGCCAUAUCACGUCCUUUCAGAUGUUUAACACCACGUAUAAGCUCUAUUCAUACAGUUACCUGGGCCUUGGGUUAAUGUCAGCAAGGCUUGCCAUUUUAGGAGGCGUUGAGGGACGAGCCUUAAAGGAAGGCGAGGUGCUAAUGAGCCCCUGUUUGUCACCUGGCUUCCAGUGGGAGUGGGAACAUGCUGAAAUCGUGUACCGAGUCAAAGGGCAGAAGGCAGGAGGUAAUGCAAGCGGGGACCCAUCCAGUGUGCUAGGAAGAGAGGGUGUGGGCGCCCCUGUAUUUCCCUGCAUGGUGUGCCAUUUCACCUCUUCUUCACACUCUGCAGGGAAACCUGGGGGGCCUCUGUAUGAAUCCUGUGCCAGCAAAGUGGCAGAGCUGCUCUCCAAGAAGGUGCACAAAACAGAAGUGAAGGGUUUGGAGUUUUACGCUUUCUCCUAUUAUUACGACUGUGCAGCAGAAGUUGGCCUAAUAGAUAAGGAGAAAGGAGGUACCCUAACCGUCAGUGACUUUGAAAUUGCGGCUCAGUAUGUGUGCAAGACCAUGGAGGUGAAGCCAGGAGACAACCCAUUCCUUUGCCUGGACCUCACCUAUAUCAGUUUGCUUCUGCAAGAACUGGGCUUCCCCAAAAGUCAGGUGUUCCAGCUUGCCCGAAAAAUUGACAAUGUCGAAACAAGCUGGGCUUUGGGAGCCACCUUCCACUACCUUGAUACCCUUCACAGGCUGCAAUACUGAGGGGCCAGGGCCUAAACCCCCCCAAAGGGUUUUGAUUGCGUCAUUUGAUGGGUACCCAGCCUGAGGUGGCUGCAGGCAACUGAUUUUGCUCACUCUUUCUAAUAAUCAGACCCUGGUGAAGGUGAUCGUCAGUUGGGCACCCAAGCUGUGAAAGCGUGGAGCAGGCAGCUGAGAACAAUCACUUGAUCUUGCAGUGUCGCUGGAACUAGAUCAUCUUGGGGAGCGCUUGGGGAUUUGUGAAGGGGCUUUGUUCUCAAAGCAGCACCCGGCUCUGAGAGAGAGUGGACCUUUGUGGAACACGCCGGCGUCAUUCUUGCCUGUAAUCUGCUGAGGUCAGCGUUAGAAAUGGCCAUUCUAGAUGCUCCUCUCCCUCUGAGGUUCCGAUUUACAACGUAUUUCUUUGCUAACGGUCUGGGGAACUGUUCACUGUCGAACUCUGGCAGUCAAUGCAUGUAGCCGGGGCACUGCUGGUGGGCACUGCAGCUGGCUUUGGAGCACAGGCUGGGAGGGAAGCGUUUGGCUCCCCCUUCCAGCACAGCUCCGGUGUAUUGCGGAGGUGAAGGGCACAUUCAAGGAUCUGAGCCACAGAGCAUUGCAAUCUUCAUUGGCCCUUAAAGGCCGAGGUACUUUGGGCACUUGCUGCGGGUGGGGUGGAGGGCUCCAUUUCGGUCCUUUAGGGGAGUCCCUGGCAGCGUGACUUCAUUGGGUCCGUAGGGAGACAGGGACAGGGCUCCUGUAGGGCAGGCAGUCUCUGCUGCUUUCCUGAGAUCUGCCAGGCUCGGGAGCCAAAUCCAAGUGGAAGAAUUUGAGGCCACGCUGCCAGAACCAUCCAUGUUUCCCUCUCCCUCUGGUUCGCUCCUGCGGGAUUUCCUGGGCAGCUGGAAUUCAUCCCCCUGACAGGAAGUAGUAAUUAGUACAACGGGCAGUCCCUAGAAUGGUGUGUGCAAAGGGGAUCAGCUCGUGUAUUUUAAUUUGAUCAUCUUCAGGGGUGGUGGGAAGAAUCUGUCCCGUGGCUUUGUGGGAGGCGUUCCUGCCACAUCCACAUGCACUUAAGAUUUGAUGGUGCUCAGAUUGGGGAAGUUCUUUAAGUAACAUAACUUCACAAGAAGAAGUCCUGAGCCUGGAAUAUCUGGGGGAUUCACAGGCUCGGAGCGGCUUUUACAAAGCAGGUUUGGAACCUAAAGUGAAUGUCACUAUUAACCAGCGCUUGGUGCGCCUCUGCCUUCCUUUGAUAACGACUCCCUUGUCGCUGCACUGGGCACAGAUUGCAGAAGACUGAGCUGGCAGGAGUCAGAGUAGAGGUGCUUGGUACAUUGAAUACAACACCCCUACCAGUGUGCUGUGGACGGGGUGAACACUGUUCCUAACCACAGUGUGGAAGUUACUCAAAAGUAGUGAAUUGUAUCUUUUUAAGCACUAGCUCUUCUGCCCUUUCCUAAUAAGGGCCUUAUCCAAAGCCCCAUAAAGUCACUAGAAGUCUGUGCGAGGACUUUGGAGUAGGCCCUACAUGAAUAUAGGUCAGGGUUCUCUCAUGCCUGAGAAGCACAAGCUUGGUGUAAAAGAUGCACGUGGAAACCAAGCAGGUGAUUCCAAAGUGUGGCUCUGAUGGUCAUUGAGUUUUCUCUGCCAGUAGCGUGUGCGUGAAUGUCUGAUCAGUACUUGAAAACGAGUUUAUCAACACUGAAAUGUUAAUUACAA